AUGUGUCCAAACACGAGAAGGCCUAGAAUAAUGCUCAAAGAUUUUCUUCUGGAGGAUUUGAAUUCCUGCUCUUCCGCUGGAUUCAAGUCAUUGCCCAGAAAUCCACCACCAUCUGAUGAUUCUACACGACGUCGCAUCGAUGUUGAUACAUUUGCCAGGCUCAGGAGUGGCCCAGUGAAACUACUCAGACGCCCGUCUAAAGCGGCUUCAACUAGAAUCUCUGCAUUUCAGGCGAUCAUCAACGCCGUCAAGAACCUCCGACUCGUCAAGUCUCCGUCAAUAAUAUUGCCAAGAAGCCUCUCACGGAGUCUGUCCAGACGGAAUUCCAUCAAGAAGCGAGAACAUGAAAGUCUCAAUGUCCGUCAAGUCAAAGUUACAGUCAAGGACAUCAUGCGGUGGACAUCGUUCAAUGUCGAACUGCAUUCUGAACCCUUGAAUUUCGCGUCCUCACCGGACCAUCACUGCACCGCCACUACUACUACCACCACCACAACAACUAGCUCUUCCACGUGCAGCAGUAGCGGCUCCAGUUGGUGCGACAGUGAUUUCACAGCGGAGGAUUUACCUUCAUGGAGCGGUAAAUGUGAAGAAGAUGACGGUGAAAAUGAUGUGGUCGAUAAAAAGUAUUUGCCACCGCUCGUCCACAAAGACUGGGUGGAAGUGACGGCCGAGUACACGGUGGAGCCCAAGGGAGAGGUAGAAUGUGAGGAGGAAGAACAACAUAGGUCAAUUUCAUCGAUUCAUCACGAAUUUGAAGAGGGUGAAGAGCCAUUGUCAUCUUUGGAGCAAGUAUUAUUGUUGGAUUUCUUGAGAGAUGAAUUAGCUGACAGCACAAAUGAUCAAAUUAGACAUCAAGGGUUGGGAUUUGAGAAGGUUAUUAGGAAGGCAAGAGCUUGGUUGAGAGGGGAACAUAGUACAUUGUUCGAAUUGGGGGUUGACGAUGAAGCCAAGAGGGAGGCUACUGUUAAUGAGCUCUAUAGGGAAGGACGAAGGUGGAGCGAGUUGGAGGAAGAGCAAAAAGAGAUAGCCAUGGAAGUUGAGAAUGGUUUGUUGUGUGAUUUAAUGGAUCAACUCUUGUUUGAUAUCUUGUUAUGAUGAUGAGCAUUAUUCACCUCACAUGCAAGGAUCUAAUAAUG